UCCCCAUCUUUUGGCUCACCGAAAAAAUCCCCACCUCAGACUUCACACGCCUUCUCGCAACCUCCGCCGCCGCCUCCGACGCCGAUCCUAAUCGCCGCCGUCGCGUCCGGUGACUCACAUGACCCGAAGCCAGAGUCCUGAGCGGAAGGAAUCACCGAAUCGAACCCCGAGCAGAACCGGCAUGAGACUCAUAGUGCCUUUGCAGGGGGUAGUUCAAGGCAGGGGCGGCCUGAUCCUCGGCUCGCUGAUUCCUUGCGCGCUCUUCUAUUUCCUGCAGUUUUACCUGAAACGACACCGUUCGCAGCCCCGGCAGCGCUCGGCGUCGGCGGCGAACCUCCCCGAUUUGCAGCGUUCGUCUUCGCGUGCUAAUUUGUUGGCGCGUGGCUCCACGGUGCGGGCUCACGUGUCGGCCCGGGCUAGCCCCGUCGCGAAGCCGAAUGACUCGCCGUACUACAUUGGGCUCGAUCGGUUGCGAGAGGAUCCCUACGAUGAAGCUGCGAAUCCGGAGGGCGUAAUCCAGCUCGGGUUAGCGGAGAAUAGGUUGUCGUUGGAUAUAAUUGAAGCAUGGCUUUCGAGAAAUUUGACUGGUUCGAUGUUAGGAGUAGGCUCCGAUGCUCUAGGGCUCACCAGGCUUGCUGCCUACCAGCCUAUGGAUGGAUUAAUGGCGUUCAAAGUGGCAAUGGCUGAUUUCAUGACUGAAGUAAUGGGAAGAACAGUACCCUUUGAUCCUUCAAGGUUGGUAUUGACUUCCGGUGCAACUCCUGCUGUUGAGAUACUUAGUUUUUGCCUGGCUGAUCAAGGAAACGCUUUCCUUGUCCCUGCACCAUACUACCCCGGAUUUGAUAGAGAUAUAAAAUGGAGAGCUGGUGUUGAGCUAAUCCCUGUUCAUUGUCGACAUUGUGAUAACUUUACCUUAAAUAAGCUGGCUCUGGAACAAGCAUUUAAUCAGGCAAGGAAAAGGGGUCAAAAAGUCCGUGGGAUUCUCAUAUCUAAUCCAUCUAACCCUGUCGGGAACAUACUGAAUCGGGACAUGAUGUAUGAUCUCCUAGAUUUUGCCAAAACAAGGAACAUCCACAUCAUAUCAGAUGAAAUCUUUGCAGGAUCGACAUACGGGGAUGAAGAAUUUGUAAGCAUGGCAGAGAUAGUUGACCUAGAGGACAUCGACAAAGAUAGGGUUCACAUUAUAUACGGAUUGUCUAAAGAUUUCUCCAUUCCUGGAUUUAGAGUUGGGGCUAUAUAUACAUAUAAUGAAAAUGUGUUGGCUGCAGCAAGGAAAUUGACUAGAUUUUCUUCCGUUUCAACACCCACCCAGCAGCUUCUCAUAUCAAUGCUUUCAGAUAAACAGUUCACACUAGACUACAUCAAGAUAAACCGACAGAGACUACGCAUGAUGUAUGAUUUAUUUGUUGCAGGAUUGAGAGAACUUGGUUUGGAAUGUGCAAAAAGCAGUGGGGGGUUAUAUUGCUGGGUCAAUAUGAGCAGCCUAAUGAGUACGUACAGUGAUAAAAGGGAGCUUGAGUUAUGGGAUAAGCUAUUAAAUGAAGCCAAGAUUAAUGUUACUCCCGGUUCAGCCUGUCAUUGUAUUGAACCCGGAUGGUUCAGAUUCUGUUUUACAACCUUAAGUGAAAAGGACAUUCCUGUAGUCAUAGAACGAAUACGUAGAGUUGUCAAAAGUUUUAAACCAUCUGUAUAAUACAUUUCAAACUUGUGUUUAUCGAUCCUUAUUGGCUAGAUAUUUUACCAUGGUUGAAA